CGGCGGGCAGGUUACUUCCGGGAGUGUCUGUCCGCGCUGAGUGCGCGGGGGUCGUGCGGUUACUGUUCAGGUGAGUUGUCAGUUGAGGCGGGCAGCGGUGAGUGCGCUCCAGGGUCUCGCGGUGAUCUGAAGGAGGAGGAACCAGCCAGCGGGAAGGGAGAGAGAGGUUGGCCAUCUCAGAACUGUAUUCUCCCAAGAAGGAGAAAUGACCAAGUCCCACCUACUUCCGAUAGUGGAGAAGUCAAGGGCACAGACUUUAGAGGCAACAAUAACAUUUAAGGAUGUGGCUAUUGAGUUUGUUGAGGAGGAAUGGCAACAAUUGGAACCUGCUCAGAGGAAUUUGUACAGGGACGUGAUGCUGGAGAAUUAUAACAACCUAUUAACAGUGGGCUAUCAACUCAUCAAGCCAGAUGUCAUUUUCAAAUUAGAGCACGAAGAACAGCCAUAUAUUGUUAAAGAAGAAAGAUUCAGACGACAUUCAGAAAAAGACUGGGAGGCUGGUGAAACAAUGGAGAUAGAACAGGAAGGAUUUGUGAAAAGAGUUGCAACCAUACUUGAGAAAGCCUUACCUGAGGAAAAUGGCAGUGAAUUUGAAAAUGUUGAAAAAAAGUCUUCUCUGACCCCAGACAUUAAUUUUAAAAGGAGAUACCUCUAUAACUGUGACUCUUUUGGAAAGAGUGUGAAACAUAAUUUAGACCUACCUAAUCAGGAUGGGGGCCAGGAGAAGAGACAUUAUGAAUAUAAUAAGUCUGGGAAAUGUUGUCCUAUGUCAUCCUCUAUUGUGGUAGCCCCCUUUAAGUGUACUCAGUGUAGAAAAGGCUUCAUUCAGGAGUUGGACCUCAUCAGACAUUUGAGAAUUCAUACUGCAGAGAAACUUUAUGAAUGCUAUGAAUGUGGAAAAGUCUUUAUCCGGAAGACAUGCCUUAAUUCACAUAAGAAAAUUCAUGCAGGAAAGAAGCCUUAUGAAUGUAACGAAUGUGGAAAAGCUUUCAUUCAAAUGAAUAACCUCAUUAGACACCAUAGAACCCACACAGGAGAAAAACCCUAUGCAUGUAAGGAAUGUGGGAAAGCCUUCCGCCGCAAAUAUAAUCUCAUUGAGCAUGAGAAUAUUCAUACAGGUCAGAAGCCUUAUGAAUGUCCUAAUUGUGAAAAAGCAUACAGAUACAAGAAAAACCUCAUUGUGCAUCUGAAAAUUCAUACUGGAGAGAAACCAUAUGAAUGUAAAGAAUGUGGGAAAGCCUUCUCUCGAAUUUCAUCCAUUAGUGCACACAUGAGAAGUCACACAGGGGAAAAACCCUAUAAAUGUGAUAUAUGUGAAAAAGCUUUCUCUCAAUACUCAACAUUUACUUCACAUAGAAGAAAUCAUACGGGUGAAAAACCUUAUGAAUGUAAUGUAUGUGGAAAGGCUUUUUCUCAAAAAGGAUCUCUUAUUGUACAUGAGAGAUAUCAUACAGGUGAAAAACCUUAUGAAUGUAAUGAUUGUGGAAAAUCUUUUAUUCAAGUGUCAAGCCUUAUCAUACACCAAAGAGUUCAUACUGGAGAAAAACCUUAUACAUGUAGACAUUGUGGGAAAGCCUUUAGUAAUAAAUCGGGUCUCACCGAGCAUGAAAAAAUGCAUUCUGCAGAGAAGCCUUAUGAAUGCCCUAAUUGUGAAAAAGCAUUCAGAUAUAAGAAAAACCUCACUGAGCAUCUGAAAAUUCAUACUGGAGAAAAACCAUAUGAUUGUAAAGAAUGUGGGAAAGCCUUUUCUCGAAUUUCAUCUCUUACUAUACAUAUAAGGAGUCACACAGGAGAGAAACCCUAUGAAUGUAAUGAAUGUGGAAAAACCUUCUGUCAAAGCUCAGCACUUACGACACAUAAAAGAAGUCACAGAGGUGAAAAACCAUUUAAAUGUAAUAAAUGUGGUAAGGCUGUUACUCAAAAAGCAUCUCUUACUGCACAUCUGAAACGUCAUGCAGAUGAGAAACUCCUACAGAAUUCCCUUAGUAUCAUCAAUCUGCAGAUGAAUUCAAGAAAAAAAAUUCCAUUUACAAUAGUAACUAAAAGAAUCAAAUAUCUACAAAUUUGUUUUACCAAAGUUGUAAAGGACUUGUUCUCAGGAAACUACAAAACAUGGCUAAAAGAAAUCAGAGAAAACUUAAACAGAAGGACAUCCCAUGUUCACGGAUUACAAGACUAAAUAUAGUUAAGAUGUGCAAUUAUCAAAUUUAUUUGUAAGGAGAAGGCUCAAAAAGUCAAGAAUAUCUUGAAAUAGAAGAAUGAAGUUGGAGGUAUCACAAUUCCUGACUUUAAAGAUUAAAAAGCUACUGGAGUCAAAACAGCAUGGUACUAGCAUAAAGACAGAGAUAGUGAUCAAUAGAAUUGAAUUCAGAGUUCAGAAAUAGACCCUCACAUCUAUGGUCAAUUGAUUUUUGACAAGGCUGCCAAAUCCUUUCAACUAGGAACAAGUCUCUACAAUAAAUUGUGCUGGGAGAUCUGGAUAUCCAUAUCCAAAGAAUGAAAUAAGACCCUUAUCUCAUGCCUGAUACAAAAAUUAACAAAAUGGAUCAAAGACCUAUAUAUAAGGUCCAGGACCAUAAAACUCCUAGAAAAUGCAGGAAAAUAUAUUAAAGAUCUUAUGGUAAGCAGUGGUUUCUUGGGCUUUAUAUCCACUGCUAGGUAUAUACUCAGAAGAACUGAAAGCAAGGACACACGCAGAUAUUUACACACCAAUGUUCAUAGCAGCAUUACAAUUGCCAAGAGAUGGAAAUAACCCAAUUGUCCAUCAACCAAUG